GUUCAUAGUCCUUUUGGCAGAGGGUGUCCCCCUGCCCCUUGUCCUUGCUGAUGUCAGGUGCCUGGGCUUGUCUCUUGUCCCCCAGCCUUGUCUUUUUCCUCUUGUCUUCUUCCCUUCUCCAUGUCAUUAGCCAUGGCAACUACACCUAAGCUUCCUUUCUCCAUGUCAUUAGCCAUGGUAUUAAUUCCUUAGUCACUAUGAUACCCUAUCAAUUGCCCCUUUUGGCAAUGGCACAAAUAGUGUGGCAUCGGCAAACAAGUAUGCUCUAAAAAAGGUCUAAAAAAUAAAACUGAAAUGAAAAGCAAAAGUAAAAAUAAAAAAUAAAAAUAAAAAUAAAAAUGAAAAUGAAAAUAAAAACAAAAAGCAAAAAGUAAAAAUGGAAAUGGAAAUGAACCUAGGGAAGAACAAAGAAAAUACCCCCCCGAAAUAGAAAUAAAGAAUACGAAUACAAAAAAUGCAAAUUUGCAGAGAUAACUCCUCUAAAAUCGUGGGGGUUUUGAUAAAAUUUUAGGGGAGGAUGUGAAGGCGCUACCCGCAACAGACUACUUGUGGUGGCAGUGGGCCAAACCCACCAGCAGGCUUAGGAUAGGCCCAUUUGAGGGGAGAGUGGAUGGGUUGGGCUUUAAAGAAUAGCCUGUAUUGGGGAACGCGCACUCUCUCCUCCUCCCCCUAUUUAAACUCGCGUGUCACUUCACCCCCCUUUUUUUUUAUUCGGCCGCCCCUCUCCUCUCUUCCUCUUUUCCUUUGCUGCGAGUUGCUCUCCUCGGCGCCUCUUCCCCUUCUUUCUCGGCGCCUUGCCUCCAUCAGUUCGGCGCCUUCUCACUGCUUCCUGGCCGGCGCCUCUGCUUUAUUAGGUAAGCGCCUCUCCUUCUUUCCACGAUUAUUGCUUGAUUGUUUGGUUCAUUGUUUGGGGGUCGGCGCCUCUGUCGCUUUUGCUUCCUUGGUUAGUUGUUUGAGGUAGGCGCCUCUCCUCUUUUUCAUUGGUACUUUUGAAAUUUUUUGUUUUGAUGCAGGCGCCUUGAGUCCUAUCUCAGGCGCCUUGGAUUAUUGCUUGAUUUGUUUGUAGAUUCCUAGUUUCGGCGCCUUUCAAUUUUUGUUUUGUGGUUUUGAUGCAGGCGCCUUGGAUCCUAUCGUAGGCGCCUUUAUUUGUUGUUUGAUAGUGGCGGCGCCUUUGUAAAAAAUUUUUUGAGAAUCUUUCCUUCACAGGCGCCUUGGAUUGUUGCUUGGUUUGUUAUGCCUUCGAGUCUCGGCGCCUUUUGAAUCUUGCUUUGAUGCUUGAUGGAGGCGCCUCGGCCUUUUGUUAGGCGCCUUUGUUAUAUCUACUUUUGUUGAUCGUCUAAUCCUUGUUGUAUUGGGCAUCCGCGACUUGCUCUGUUUCAGACCUCUAUUUCAAGGCGUCGAAAGCGCCUACCCACGCAUAGUCACGGGAGGCGACAUCGGUUUUUUUCCCGCGUGCUACCGGAUUAGGCGUUGUACACAGUUCUCUUCCAGGAUUCAUUUCGCCGCUCAUCGCUCUCUUAUGGCUUCCCAUAAUUCUCAACCUCCUGCCUCUAAGAAAGGAAAGGAGAAGGCUUCUUCAAGCAAAGUCAGGAAGAUGGUGUACAGACGGUCCAAAUGGAGACUUACCGAGAUUGCUAGUGACAUCGAGGAUGAUCAAUCGUAUACCCGUCUGGAGGCGCUUACUGAGGAUGAUACGUCAAGUGCGGACCCCGACCCUGGCACGUCUUGUUCUCGAACGGUUACUGAUUCAGGCUAUACUAUUUUGCCAUGGCGGGGGAUGUGGGGUGGUGAGGCGCCUCCUUCCUCGGCGCGCCUACUAGGUCCUGACAAGCGACCCAGCAUUCAACUGCAUCGCGUUGUAUCUUAUAUCCGCGGUCUGGGUUAUCCUACAGACUGGGGAUAUGCGGUUCCGGAUCGCAGUGCUCGCAUCGGGAGUUGCCCCGAGGGUUGGUUUGCGAUUUACUCGGAGUAUCUGAAGUGCGGUUUGAAGUUCCCCUUGGAUCCCAUCUUAUCGGGUAUUUUGGAGAUGGUUAGGUGUCCUCUCAGCUUUCUGUCUCCUUCGCUUAUCUUUCACACCUGCGCCUUCAGGCUUAUCUGCAAGCGCCUAGGCUACAUCCCUUCAUUUUCUAUCUUCCGUAGCAUAUAUGCCUUGGAGCGGGGUAAUCAUGGUUGGUCGGUCGUGAAGCGUGAUAGUAAAUACCAGGGACGGGUUUGCAAGGGAUCGCCUAAGCUCCCUAGCAAAUGGUAUUGCUCUUACUUCUUUAUUAGGCCGACUCCCGGUACUUGGCAUGCACCGACUUCGGUGCCUCUCGAGACUCUGUGGGGUGAGGGUUCGGAAGAAACGUGGGCCAAGGAUUUUACCCUUGAGAAGCCUGAGCGGGAACAGAAGCACCACAUUCUUCGUGCGCCUCCCGUGGAUUUUGGGAAAAAAGGGGAGAGAGCACGCGCCUUGGGAGAACUUUACGAUCAUGAUUUUGACUACUCGAGCCUGGCGAAGAUGGCGAAGAAGACUCCUGGCGCCUCCGGAGUCAGGGCGCAGAAGGCGCCUAGCACCCCUGCCGAGCGAACUCCCCGCUCAUCUGGUAAGGCGCCUGCCGACAUCGAGGAGGCGUCUCCUCGAUUGUUUCCUUCCUUGGGGUCCUGCGACCCUCUCCCAGAGAAGACGUUAGGCAAGCGCCAUGCUUCGGCUGACUCUCCUGCUGCGGUUCCGAAGAAGAAGAACAAACCAAGUCUUGGGAGCAUUGAUGAGAUAUUGGCACCUCCUCGCUCGCGACGUGCCGUAAAGCCGAAGGAGCCUGUUCUAAUCUCUCCUUCUGCUGCCCUCAAUGCUCCAAACGCCUUUACUUCGGCCGUGGAGUUGAAGAACUUCCUGAAGUCUCCCCUCGACGAGGGUAUCUCUCCUGCAGGCUCGGCGUGCCAGCACUUGUUCCAGGCGAUGCUUGAUGUGGUUACGCUUUCUGACAAGAGUGCGGAGAAUCGAGACCGCGCCCAUAAAAACUUUUUGCUGACUUCUCAGUUGAAGACUGACAAGAUCACUCUCCAAGGCAUUAACUCUCGCCUGGAGGAUGAGUUGGCGUCGGUGAAGCGGCAGCUUUCGGACGCCUUGGCUGCUGAGAGUGUCUCUGCUCGUGAAGAGAAGGAGAAGGAGCUGGCAUUCCAGGCGAAGCGAAUUGAGGCCUUGGAGAAGGAGCUGCUGGCAAUGUCUGCCGCUAGGGGUCACCAGAAGGAGGAAUUCAAGAAGAGGUUGAUCAAGGAGCGUGAAGAUGCCGUAGAUGCCCACCUGUCAUCAGCAGAGUUUCGCGAGUGGCAGCGGAACCUUCUGCUUGGAGUGAAGAAGAGGGCCUUCAUCGGCAUUCGCAAGAAGGUCCGCUCCGAUAAUCCUGGCAUGAAGUGGGAUACUCCGGAGGUCUGGCAGGCUAUGGAUGAUUACUUCCUCUCCCUUGGUACGGAUAACGAGCCUUCCGACUCGGACCCGUACCCCCUGGAUGAGGGCGAUUCUUCUGCCGACGACAUGGAGGUUGACGUCGAGAGGGUUGGGGAAGAGGAAGUGGGUGACAACGUCGAAGCUGCCCUUGAUGCUAUUGCUGGUGCCGGGGGAGGUGAUGGGGACAUGGUUGCUGUCGACGGUCAGGGUGGUGCCUCAGAUGGUGGUACUGAUGGUGACUCUAGCUCGUCCGACAAUCAUUCGAGCAAGUCGGACUAGUAGAGUCGGGAUGUUUUUCUUUUCCUCGUUUGUCUGGACUCUGUCAAUUUCAUGUAUCUUCUGCUUAUUUCUCCGUUGCAUGUCUGUGGAUGUUUAGCCUUUGGGCUGUUAUUUUUAACAAUGUUAUCGGCAAGUUUUCCAUUUUCUUGGACUUGUUGUGAAUGUUGUUUUUGUUUCGCCAUAUAUUCUUUUAAGAAGAAGUAACGCGUCUAGGCUUCUCCUCAACGGAGGAAGCAAGCUCUAGGUCUCUUCACACGCAUUCUUGAGAAAGAAGUAACGUGUCUAGGCUUCUUCUCGACGUAGGAAGCGAGUUUUGGGUCUCACGUAUUCUUGAAAAAGAAGUAACGUGUCUAGGCUUCUUCUCGACGAAGGAAGCAAGUUUUGGGUCUCCCAUGCGUAUUCUUGAAAAAGAAGUAACGCGUCUAGGCUUCUCCUCGACGGAGGAAGCGGGUUUGGGUGACCCCUUCUGCCGAGGCAGGCAUUUUUGCGAGGGAUAUCAAUUUUAUCGCCUCUCAUGGGGACUCGUACAACGAGCGCCCGAUACUUGGAUGAAA